GUGUGUGUGUGUGUGUGUGUCGUAGGUUGCGGUGGUCAGCGCCUUUGCGCAGACGCUGCGCAGAUACACCUCCCUGAACCAUCUGGCGCAGGCGGCACGCGCAGUCCUACAGAACACCUCGCAGAUCAACCAGAUGCUCAGCGACCUCAACCGUGUGGACUUCGCCAACGUGCAGGAGCAGGCCUCGUGGGUGUGCCAGUGCAACGAGAGCGUGGUCCAGCAACUGGAGCAGGACUUCAAGGUGACGCUGCAGCAGCAGAGCUCUCUGGACCAGUGGGCCGCCUGGCUGGACAACGUGGUGAACCAGGUGCUGAAGCCACAUGAAGGCAGCCCCAGCUUCCCCAGAGCCGCCCGACAGUUCCUGCUCAAGUGGUCUUUCUACAGCUCCAUGGUGAUCCGCGACCUGACCCUGCGCAGCGCCGCCAGCUUCGGCUCCUUCCACCUCAUCCGGCUGCUCUACGACGAGUACAUGUUCUACCUGGUAGAGCACCGCGUCGCCCUGGCGACCGGGGAGACGCCCAUCGCCGUCAUGGGGGAGUUCAGUGAUCUGAACUCCAUGAUGCCCAUGCUUAUGGAUAAAGAGCCGCCGUACCCUGACGACAUGAGCGAGAUGGGAAGCGAUGGCGACACUUCCCAGAGGACCGGUGAGCCCACGGUCAAGAGAGAGCGUGUGGAGAUCAAUCACUCUCUGCAGGAGAUCUGAGGGUAAAAAGGCGCUGGGCCAGCUGCCACAGCGCCCUCUGCAGGCCGGGAGGUCCACCAGAGGAGCAGCAGAAGCAGUGUAUGGGGUCUCCAUCUGGACUUUCUCUCCAAAGGGCCGUCCAUCUCUCAGAGAAACAAGUGCUACUAUGGGAUUUUGUGGGACUUCACUAGGGGGUUGGUUCAGAUUGUUACCCCCCCCCCCCAAUUCCUCCUCUGUAUUACAAAUCAAACUGUGAAUAUAAGGACAUACCUUGUACAGUACUCACUUUCUAUACAAAGUACCCUUGUAUGGUUGGUUGGUGGUUUGUGUACUAUGUUUUCUUUUUUCCUCUUCCUCCAGUGCCUUAGAUGGAAAAAACUCCAGCCCCCUCCCACAGCGGUGCCUCUCCCCCUCCCCCACAGUCUGAAUGUAUCAUCUCGGAGCCUGGCUUGUUCUCAGGCGUAACUGUAAACGUACCUUAACCUGUGGCCUCGACUGUGCCCCCCCCCCCCCCCCCCCCCCCCCU